AAGAGCUCAGCUGGAGAUCAGCGGAGAGUCAGCAGCCAGCGAGGAGAGAAAAUAACAGCAAGUGAGCAGAGAGCAGGCGGAUUACAGCUGGAUCUGCCCCACUCCUACAACAUGCACCCUCCUCCCACCUCUCUCUGUCACUGGCAGCAUCAUGCGUGGAAACAGAGCGAGGGGUUCCCUUCGUCCGCAGAGAGGCUGAUGACCACAAGUUCAAGAAGACAGGAGGAGUCAACAAAGGAGUAGAAAGUUUCCCUCCUCCUUCAGAGUCUGUGAAUUCCUGUUCUCUUCAUCACCGGCCAGCAUGACGGAAGCACCAAACGCCCCCACCGUCCUUUGGCUGCUGCUGUGCCCGCUGCUCUGCUCUAUGGUUCUGGCUACGGGUUCCACUCUGACCUCUGAGGAUUUCCAGAGCCCCACCGCCGCGCCGUCUCUGGAAGAUGGAGUCGGCACAGCUGUGCAGCUGCAGCCGGACCUGCAGACUGAACCGCAGACACCAUCUGCGGUCCCGACUGCAGCAGCGGAACGGACGACUGCAGCAGUAGUAGAGCAGACGACUGCAGCAGUGGAACGAACGACUGCAGCGACUGCAGCUGCGGAACGGACGACUGCAGCAGUAGUAGAGCAGACGACUGCAGCAGUAGAGCAGACGACUGCAGCAGUAGAACCGACUGCAGGUCCUGAGGCAACAGAAACUCCUGCAGAGAGGCAAAGCACCACCACCAACUACACAGGUGUGUCGUGCCCCGCCAUCCUGCCGCCUCGCCGGGGCUCCUUCUACGUGGAGGACGGCUCCGGAGUGUCCAUUGGGAGCGUCCUGGCCUUCUGGUGCAGAGAAGGUUACCAGCUGGUCGGCAGCGAGAAAAUCUACUGCAGCGUCCGGAGCGGAAAAGCACAAUGGAGCAACCGCCUGCCGGACUGUGAAGCCAUCCCCAGACCAGAGGACCGCGGGCUGAGAGUUGCCGUGCUGGCUUCAGUGGUGAGCGGCAUCGUCAUCUUUGCCAUGUCCCUGUCCUUCCUCAUCUGCUGCCUGCAGGAGCGAAACAGCCGCAGCCGCUCCAGGAAGGAGGGCCGCAGCAGACGCAGAGAGAAGCGGGCGUCCCGCCGCAGCGAGUGCUGGCUGGAGAGAGAGGAAGGGGAGUGGGAGGCCUUCCCUCCGCCCAAGAUCUUCCACCUGUCUCAGAGGAUGAACCCCCGCCUGGCCCCCGACAGCCCCCUCUACCUGACUGCAGGGCUGGGGGGGUACGAGAACAGAGGAUACCAGAGGAGUCAGGAGAGUCUGCUGAAAGCGUCUCUGCCCGGACUCUACCGCUCUGAGUCUCAGCUGUACCCACAUGUUGUCCUACAAAGGGUCCCCACCCCGACUGCGCCCGCCGCCCCCUCCGCUCCAUCUGCCCCCCUUUACCUCCACCUUCCUCCCUCAUCAUCUUCGGCCUCCUCGCCGGCUCACGCCGCGCAAAGCCAGCCACAGAUCAUGGCGCAGUAUCCUACCCCGACGUACCCGCCCUGCACCAACACAGCUGGGCCCACGUACCCCCACCCAACACCGGCGCCCAUUUACCCCAACCCCCACCCGCUGCCACAGAGGCCAUGGCAGUAGCUCACACCAGCUCUCUGGGCCCUGCAGGAGCCAUUUUUUUAUCUUUACCUGUUUUCUCCCACAGAAGUCUGCAAAUACCGUGUUCCAAAGCAGACAUGAAGGACUUGCAGCGGGUGUAGGACCACUCCAACUUUUCCUACAGGAAGUCGAUUUUUUUUUUUUUAACUGAUGAGCUCGACAGAGAAAACUGUUCACGUCUGGUGAAGUGAGGCUGAAUCUGAUGUCAGGACGUCAGUCUCAGCAGCAGCAUGUUGGGCCCCCAAGGGUCCCUGGAGAUCCAGCUGAUGAGACUUUCAAUUUUGGGAAGAACUGGAUCAGAUUUCCAGUUUGGAUCAACAUUUGUUGGUGGAGGUUUCUAUGCAUGAACCUGAAUCAGAACAUUGCUGUUGGAGCCACGUCUGCAUAAACAGAUCUGUUUGUUGUUUCUCUCCUCCCUGACAAAAACCUCUUCACGGCCAGCAGUUUUAAUCUCUGAUUUUUCAGGGAUUUUGACACGCAAAAUACUUCUGACUUUUCGAAUCAUCCCUGAGGUUUUGUUUAGUCAGGAAAAUUAGAUUUGAAGCUCAAGGAUUUAGAACGGUUCUGGUGUGAUGGACUUUUUAAUGCACUGAACUGAAACAUUUUCAUGCAUUCAGAUGGACUGUUAGAGCCCUUCACUGCCCAGAGCUUUAUAUUUUCAAUACAUCUGAGUAGAAACACUAAAACAAAAUGAAAAUAAAUGUGCACUUUACCUUCAUUCUGAAUGGUUUGGGAUGUUUGUGUCUUAGGUUGAUCCAUUUUCUGUGACUUGUUUGUGAAAUAACAACAUGACUGCCAUUAAAAUGAAUAAAGAGACUUUGCUUAGGUGGA